AUGGAAUGGUGCGAACAUCUAUUAGCGGUGAAUUUUGCCAUCGUAAACUUUGCUUUGCCUUCUUUCGCUCAAAACAUGCAAGAAGAUUUCUUGGAUGCUCAAAACUUGCAAGACGAUUUCUUGGAUGCUCAAAACAAUGCUCGUGAGGAGGUGAAUGUUGAGCCAUUGGCUUGGGAUGACCAAGUGGCUGCAUAUUCUCUAGCAUAUGCAGAACAAAGAAUUGGGGAGUGUAAUCUUGUUCACUCCGAGGGUCCAUACGGAGAGAACAUUGCAAUGGGAACCGAUGACGUGUCUAUUGCAGAUGCUUUGGAAAUGUGGAUUGAAGAGAAAGUCUAUUACGAUCAUUGCUCUAAUUCGUGCGCUGCAGGCGAGAUUUGUGGCCAUUAUACUCAAGUGGUUUGGCGUGACUCAAUCCAUAUAGGGUGCGCAAAGGUUAGGUGUGACUAUGGAGGAACCUUCAUUUGCAACUAUGACCCUCCUGGUAACGUGGUUGGACAGUCACCUUUUUGA